CUCAUUACAGCGUGACGUGCGGGCUGUUUCCCAGUUCAGGAGGGGUGACUCUGCACAUUAAACACCUGUUGUCACUGGAUUUGUUUAAUGUCUUUAGCUUGAGAUGACAACACAAGUUACACACAGAAUCAGUUGUUGAACUUGUAGCAGGGGUAUUGUGUGUCCCAGGCAAGCCUUGUCUGUGCAGUGUUCCCUGUGCAGGUGUGGGAAGGCUGGGGAUGCGGAGAGUUGUGGGACACUGGGCUCUGCCGCCGCUCAUUAUGUUCCCUGCCUUGUUGCACACAGACUCCUACUAGCCAGCUGCCUCCAUUGCCCUGAUUGGGGCAUCAGUUGAAGGACUGCUCGCAGUGAGCCCCGGAGCGUCACAGGCAUGAGCCAUGGCAUCUGUCAAAGUAGCAGUGAGAGUCCGGCCGAUGAACCGAAGGGAGAAGGAUCUGGAGGCUAAAUUUAUUAUUGAGAUGGAAGGAAAGAAGACAACAAUCACUAAUAUUAAGAUGCCAGAUGGAAUCUCUGGAGAUUUGGGAAGGGAGCGGACCAAAACUUUCACAUAUGACUUUUCCUAUUUUUCUGUAGAUAGUAAAAAUAUUGAUUAUGCAUCACAAGAAAGGGUUUUCAAAGACCUUGGCACAGAUGUCCUCCAAUCAGCAUUUGAAGGAUACAAUGCCUGUAUCUUUGCCUAUGGACAGACAGGCUCUGGAAAGUCUUACACCAUGAUGGGUAACCCGGGUGAUUCUGGAUUAAUCCCCAGGAUAUGUGAAGGCCUAUUCAGCAGAAUCGCUGAAACAACACGAUGGGGUGAUGCAUCUUUUCGUACAGAAGUCAGUUAUUUAGAAAUAUAUAAUGAGCGAGUUAGAGACCUGCUUAGAAGGAAGUCAUCAAAAACAUUUAAUCUGAGAGUUCGAGAGCAUCCCAAAGAGGGCCCUUAUGUUGAAGAUUUGUCAAAGCAUUUAGUUCAGAAUUAUGGUGAUGUGGAAGAACUAAUGGAUGCGGGAAAUAUCAACAGGACCACUGCUGCCACAGGGAUGAAUGAUGUGAGCAGCAGAUCCCAUGCCAUUUUUACAAUCAACUUUACUCAGGCUAAAUUUGAUGCUGAAAUGCCUUGCGAAACAGUUAGCAAGAUUCAUUUAGUGGAUCUUGCUGGAAGUGAGAGAGCCGAUGCCACUGGUGCUACAGGUGUGCGGCUGAAGGAAGGAGGAAACAUUAAUAAAUCCUUAGUCACUCUGGGAAAUGUCAUUUCUGCCUUAGCUGAUUUAUCUCAGGAUGCAGCCAACCAUCUUGCUAAGAAAAAGCAAGUCUUCGUGCCUUACCGAGAUUCUGUUCUGACUUGGCUCUUAAAAGAUAGCCUGGGAGGAAACUCCAAGACCAUAAUGAUUGCCACUAUUUCGCCUGCUGAUAUCAAUUAUGGAGAAACCUUAAGUACACUUCGCUAUGCAAAUCGAGCCAAAAACAUCAUCAACAAGCCCACCAUUAAUGAGGAUGCUAAUGUCAAGCUAAUUCGUGAGCUUCGAGCUGAAAUAGCUCGCUUGAAAGCUCUGCUUGCUCAAGGGAAUCAGAUUGCACUUUUGGAUUCUCCCACAGCUUUGAGCAUGGAAGAGAAACUCCAGCAAAAUGAAGCACGCGUUGAAGAACUGACCAAGGAGUGGACCAACAAAUGGAAUGAGACCCAAAACAUACUCAAAGAACAGACUCUGGCUCUAAGAAAAGAAGGUAUUGGUGUUGUCUUGGAUUCAGAACUGCCUCAUCUCAUUGGCAUUGAUGAUGAUCUUCUGAGUACUGGAAUUAUUUUGUAUCAUUUGAAGGAAGGACGUACAUACGUUGGAAGAGAAGAUGCUGCGGCAGAUCAAGACAUAGUUCUACAUGGGCUUGAUUUAGAAAGCGAGCACUGCAUCUUUGAGAACCUCAGCGGCACAGUGACGUUAAUUCCUCUGAAUGGCUCUCAGUGCUCAGUAAACGGAGUUCAGAUACAGGAAUCAACUCAGCUGAAUCAAGGUGCCGUAAUAUUACUGGGUAGGACCAAUAUGUUUCGUUUCAAUCAUCCGAAAGAAGCUGCUAAAUUGAGAGAAAAAAGAAAGAGUGGCCUGCUCUCUUCUUUCAGUUUAUCAAUGACAGAUCUUUCCAAGUCUUGUGAGAACCUUUCAGCUGUAAUGCUUUAUAAUCCUGGACUGGAGUUUGAAAGGCAACAAAGAGAAGAGCUAGAAAAACUGGAAAAUAAAAGAAAGUUAAUUAAAGAAAUGGAAGAAAAGCAGAAAUAUGAAAAAGCCGAACUGGAGAAAAUGCAACAAGAAGUUGAAUCUCAGCGUAAAGAAACAGAAAUUGUUCAGUUGCAUAUUCGUAAACAAGAAGAAAGUUUAAAACGUCGUAGUUUAGACAUUGAAUCCAGGCUCCAAGAUUUACUAGCCGAAAAAAUAAAAUUUGAAGAAGAAAGGUUGAGAGAACAACAAGAGAUUGAACUGCAAAAAAAGAAACAGCAAGAAGAAAGUUUUAUCAAAGUUCAAGAAGAACUUCAAAGACUUCAGGAACUUCAUAAUACAGAAAAGGGUGAGAAAAUGGAAAUAUUCCGGGAACUGGAAAAACUAAAAAAGGAGAAGGAUGAUCAAUACUUGAAAUUAGAAGCGGAAAAGAAAAGGUUAGAAGAACAAGAAAGAGAGCAACUUAAGCUUGUGUUCCGUCUUGAAGAGCAGCUUCGGGAAAAACAAGAAAUGAUUCUACUCUUCGAGAGAGGGGAUGUGUCAAGGUUGGAAGAAGAGAUUGGUGUUUUAGAGGAUGUUAGAGAGGAUCUAUUGCGGGCUAAGGAAGCCAGGUCAGAGGGGGAAGGAGAUCCAGAAGAAGUUGAAAAAGCAACAAACAAAUAUACAGAAUUUAAAAGAAUGCAGGUGGAUAAGCUCUCGGUCUUAGAAGGAGAUCUACACAGGCAAACUGAUUGUUUAGAAAAGGAAAUCAAAGCUGAUCAUGAUACUCUUUCAAGAUUAUGCCUUUCAAAUGUAGAAAACACAGAACUGCACAAGACAGAAGAUGAGUCUUCCUUGGUCACACCACAAAUAGCAGAAGAACUGGAAAUGAUAAAACAGACAGAAAACAAAAUUCAUUGUAAAGAAAGGCAGCUUAAAUACAUAAAUCAAACUCAUUUGCCGGCCUUAUUCGAUGAAAAGCAGAGGGCAUCUGAGAUACUUAACAGUGGUUUGCUUGGGUUGGAUAAAACAUUAUAUCAAAUUGAAAAGGAGAUUGAAGAAAAAGCUGAUCAACUUGCCCAGUUUAGGGCAAGCAGUGACCAGUUACAACAACUACAAGAAACCUUUGAAUUUACAACUAACAUUGCCCGGCAAGAGGAGAAAGUUAGGAGGAAGGAAAAAGAAAUCCUUGAAUCAAGAGAAAAACAGCAGCGAGAAGCCCUAGAACAAGCGGUUGCUAAACUAGAGAGAAGGCAUUCUGCACUUCAGCGACAUUCAACUAUAGAUGUGGAAAUUGAGGAACAAAAAUGCAAACUUGCUGCUUUGAACAACAGCAAGGAACAAGCCGGUCUGCAGGCUACAUUAGAAGCAGAACAAAAGGCUCUGGAGCAAGACAGAGAGAGAUUAGCUCAUGAAAUUCAACAGCUGAAACAGAAGAUACAUGUGGCUGAUCCACUUUCAAAAAGUCUUUCAGGAAGUGUCGAAGAAAAACCUUCCCUUGUCAACUCACCUGCAAGUCCAGUAAAAUCUCAGUCGCAUUUACUUACAUUGAAUGAUGACAGGAUCCAUGCUUAUAUAGAAGAGGAAGUGCAAAGACGGCUUCAGAAUAUCAAUAUGUCCUGUGACAACCUUAAUGGCCUUAGCCUGACUUCGUCUGCAGACUUUGGAAUGAGUUCCGAUGCAUUCCUGAAUGGCGCCACACAAAGAAAACUUAAAUAUGAGCGGUUAAUAUCACGAUCAUUAGGAGUGAAUCCAGAUGAUCUCACCGAUCCAGUCAGAAUAAGCAUUCCUCGCUAUGCACUUUGUGGACAAGGAAAAGAUGAACAUUAUGAGUUUGAAAUAAAGAUAACCGUCUUGGAAGAAACAUGGACGGUGUUCAGACGCUACAGCCGUUUUAGAGAAAUGCAUAAAACAUUCAGAUUAAAAUACCCAGAGCUCAUUGCCUUAGAAUUUCCCCCAAAGAAGCUGUUUGGAAACAAAGAUGAACGAGUUAUUGCUGAACGUAGAACUCACUUAGAGAAAUACCUUAGAAACUUCUUCUCUGUGAUGCUGAAGUCUCCUACGUCCCCUCUGCACAUCGAUAAGGUGGGCCAAACCCUCUCCAAACACACCAUCUGCGAGUUCUCUCCCUUCUUCAAGAAAGGUGUAUUUGACUACAGCAGCCACGGCACUGGCUAAGGGACGGCCUACCUUGUGUAUGUACGGACGGAGUUAAAACUACUGUGUAGUUCACAAAACUAUUUCUUCCUUGGCUCAAGUGAAGUUGAAUCUGCAUAUAUUUAAAUACUUCAAACAAAAUGUGUUUGGCCACCAACUAACUUAGUUAUUGUCACCAAUUUACCCUGUUAUUCAAAUGUCAUUGCUGUAGUACAAGGGAAGCUAUUUGAUCUCUGUGUUUGUGUUAGGGAUGCACUGAAUCCAGGAGUUGGCCAAGAUUCGGCCUUUUUCAGCAGGACCCGGAUUCAGCCAAAUCCAUGUCAGCCUUAGGGCAAUACUCCGGAAAAUGAAGUUAAAUCUCUGCUUCCGUGGGCAGAAAAUCUCCCCGAAAUACCUUCCCAUCAGCAUACUGUAUGCCUCGCUAAGCCGCCCGAAGUUUCCUUUGCUACCACGGGUGAGUAAUCUCGGGGUGAUAAAACACCUUUGGUAACAAAGAUUUAGCGCAGGCGACUAAUCUCCCCAUGGGACAUUAGCCUGAAGCGUUUUUGCCUUUCUGUGCAUUGCAUCUAUCACUGAAAUAUAUAGAAAUGUUUAUAUAAUGAUAGAUUAUGUAAUAAAACGCUACACAUAACCGAGUAAUAUAACACCAAAAGGCAUUUGUAAAUACACUGCAGCUUCUUUAGGAGAUGUUUUUUCAGGUGCUCUGGGUUCUCACACCUCUAGAGAAAGUGGUUGAACAAUGGAGAUUCAUUUCCUGAUAAAAUUCAUAAUCUGAUCAAAUACAUAAGCACUUUCUUUGAUCUUAUAGAAGCUGAAUGAAGGAAAAUAUAAAGUUAGCCUGGGACUAUUUCACAAAACUCAGUAUUGCCUCUGGCUAUAAGGUUUAUUCUAUUCUGAUGUCAAGCAAAUCUAUUUCUCCUUACAUAAUAUGCAAUAAUUUAUUUGUGUUUGUUUUUACAGCAUGGAGAAGGGAAAAAAGCAAUGUUUAUUGCAUUCUUUAAUUAUAUUUGCAUUGAAGAAUAACAGAAAGAAAAAAACCUAAACACUUAGGGGCAGAUUUAUCAGUAUGUGAAAUUAGAGCUCACCAUAGAAAAUCUCAAAUCUCAUCAACUUUCUAUUCAUUCCUGGGGGAUUUAUUGAAGCAUAUUUAUCAGUGGGUAAGUUGGGUAAGUUGUACUGUGGUGAGCUUGAAUCUCACAUUCAAACUUUAUGUUCUUGAGAUGAAGCCAAAUAUUUCUUGUCUCAGGCCACAUUGUGUGGUUCAGUGUUUGGUCAUCUAAAACAAGGUUAGAACCAGGCAAAGCCAUUGCUGUGACAGCCAUCCUACUUGUCUUAGGAGUUAUCUGAACAGCUAAUAUACCCCAACUCUUCCCUAACAGGUCUUUACAUUGCCCCCAUACACUGCUUUGGGUGCACCUAGGGAGGGCAGCCCUGCAGUUUGGAAACAAUAGUGUAAUAGCUUUUGCAAAACCUCGGGGUACAACCCUCUGAAACGGAAUCCUUAGAACCAGGGACUCUUUAUAUCUCUUGGCUGAUCCCUGCUCUGUAUAUAUCUGCCCUGUACUGUACCUACUCCAUAUGGCCUGGACUUAUAAAGUGAGGUUAAUGGCCAAAAUGUAAGAGGGUAUGAGUAAAAGGGUAUGAGCAUGGUAAAAUUAAAUAUUGUGGGAGAACAUAGAACUCCAAUUCCAUCUUUGCUUCAUACAUCUUUGAAAUAGAAAAUUUGGCAAACCUAAACAUAAUUUGGAGACAAACAAUGAUCUGGUAAUAACAUUUGUUGAUUUCCAAAAUCAGUUCAUAUACUGGAGGUUUGCUAAAAAUAUUUCUACAUUCUAAUGGUGCAGUUGUAUCAUGUUUGCCCAAACCAGAAAAUCAAUUUAGCUGGUGCCUGUAAAGAUUUAUAUAGAGUCUUCAUCAAACUAGAAAUAGACCAUAGUAAUCAGAUCAAUAGUUGGUCAUUCACAAAGUGCACAACUGAUCUGCUAGAAUAUUGGUAGAUCGUACUGAAAACUAUCAAUGAACAACUUUAGUCUCAAGUUUGCCUUGCACUGGCCAACUCUCAAGGUAUCUGGCUGUCUACUCAUGGCCCAUCCCAUUGAUACAGUAUGAUUAACCCUAUACCUGGAUGGGCAAAUAUACUGUUGUUUUCUCUUCUGAGCUAUCCAGCGGGACAGUUGGAUCUGCAGGAAGUGAAGGGGAGCUGGAAUUCCUCAACUUCCUUGCCUGUUAAAGCACCAUCCCCACCAAUAUGGUGUACAGCAAACUUGACCUAAUCUGUGCAUUAGUGGCCAGCUUAACUUGAAAUGUCUGCCAGAAACACUGAAUUCACCUUAAUUGUGUAUUCUACACUGGUGAAGCAAUAUGGUGUCUGCUUCCAUAUUCAUUGCAAUAGAAAAAUAUCUUGCUGGGAAAUGUAAGAGCUUCUGAAGUCGUUCAGCAGUUAAAGUGAAAAGUAAAACCCAACUAUGUAGCAGUUACUUAAUGCUGAGGGAUAUUAUUAAUGUGACCAAUAGAUGAAACAAGGCAAUAAAAACAGUUGCCCAAAUGACUGCAACUUUUAACUGACAAUAUUCAGAUUGUGCUAUGAGAGCUACAGUUCAUGGGCUACCAAUAAUAAAUUGUUUGGGAAUCAUUUCUAAAUAAUAAAUUAGAAUGAGCCUACUAGGAUAUGUCUCCAUCCACUUACACCACCUCUCUCCAUCCUUUGCCAUCCCCAUCUCCUAAUAUAAGGAAAGGCAGAACUCCCACUUGCCCCUAUGUGGUCACAAGGCAGAAAUAAAUGUGGAAGGGAAACAAAUGCCAAUAGGAUUAAUCUGCACAGACACUGAGCAUUGUUUCAACAAACCAUUUAUUUGUGAUUUCCCUUAAUGUUCAACCAGUUGAGUUUGUUAUAUUAAACCAUCAUAAUAAGAAAAAUGAAACAAAGUUGUCCCAUCAAACACUACUGAUAUCUGCAAACUUAAGUGCCGAAGCAGAAAACCAAGAGAGAGUCAGCAGUUCUCUUGAUAGAUUUAUAUAAAAGUCUGGUACCACUGGGCACGGACCAUCAACCCUGGAGAAAUGCUCAUAAAACCAUUUUUAUGCCUGUUGUAAUAUAAAACUCGCUUGACACUUUUUAAAACCGCAAUUAACUCUCACUACGAUAUUGACUCAAGCACAUGUUGGAUCUCUAUACACAAGGAGUAACAGCAGCAUUCGUCAACCACUAAAAACCCCAAAGCAGUCAUAACCACCCGUCUAUGGUUUCUCUAGCCCUGACAUCAUUAAUGUUGCCCAUUUAUCUGCUUUGGCUUCUGUGCUACUGACACGCUCCAUGCAAGGACACGCUCCACCUCUGCCUUUCUGAAAGGUUUAUAUGCAAGUGAAACAGCGCUGCCAAUAAUCAGCCAACUAAUCGCUUCCACAUCUUACCUCAAAUCCUAACGAAUUGUGCCCUGACGUAGCUGCUCAAUAGUAGGUUUUCUAAUUUGUAAAUAGUAAAUUUGAUUAAAAUCUGCUUACAUUGCAAAUGAGAUUUCGGUUUCUUUUUGCUUCAGCAUUUUAGCAUGUAAUUAAAAACAAGAGUUUGUAACAUAUGUCUUUCGUGUAAAUAUCACAAUAUGAAUGCAGAUGUACGCGUCGGGUAGCUAUUGAUCAUCGAAUCUAUUUAUAGCGAUGUAUGACUGCUUUUUUUUGACAAUCACUAUAUUUAUAUUACACAUUUUACACUGCUUAUGUACAUAGGACUAUUACAAUAAUGUAUGCACCCGUUAAUAAUAGAGGAAUAUAUAUAUUUCACUGUACUUUCAAAAAAAAUAAUAAAUUAUCUAAAUCUA